UGACGUGGUGUAAAGCAGUGGUAGUGUAUAGCGUCAUCUUAGAGAGAGAGAGGAGGAGGCGGUGCACCUGGAGGGUUGCAGCCCCAGUUGUCCCUGGUGUGUGCGAGAGACAAGUGCCAUCCGUCAUCAUGGGCAUCCGCAAGAAGAGCAACAAGACCCCUCCGGUGCUGAGCCAUGAGUUCAUAAUCCAGAACCACGCGGACAUCGUCUCCUGCCUGGCGAUGCUCUUCUUACUCGGGCUCAUGUUCGAGAUUACUGCAAAGGCGGCGGUCAUGUUUGUCACGCUGCAGUAUAACGUCACCAUUCCAGUGGAAGGUGUUCUCGCUGAAUCAGUAUCAUUGUAUCACUACGGCAUCAAGGACGUGGCCACAGUGUUCUUCUACAUGCUUGUGGCAAUAAUAUUGCACGCUGUCAUACAAGAAUAUGUCUUAGAUAAAAUUAACAGGCGCAUGCAUUUUUCCAAAACCAAGCACAGCAAGUUUAAUGAAUCUGGGCAGCUGAGUGCUUUUUACUUAUUCUCUUGUGUCUGGGGGACAAGCGUCAUUGUCUCGGAGAACUACCUUUCGGAUCCAACAAGUUUAUGGAAAGGUUACCCCCAUACUUACUUUCCAUUCCAGUUGAAAUUUUUCUACAUUUCCCAAUUGGCUUAUUGGCUUCACGCCUUUCCGGAACUGUAUUUCCAGAAAACCAAAAAGGAAGAUAUUCCUCGCCAGUUGGUUUACAUCGGACUGUACCUCUUCCAUAUCAGCGGUGCUUAUGUUCUAAACCUAAAUCAUCUUGGUCUGGUUCUUCUGGUUCUCCAUUACUUUGUCGAGUUUCUUUUCCACAUUUCCCGUCUUUUUUACUUCAGUAAUGAGAAAUAUCAGAAAGGGUUUACCAUAUGGGCUGUCCUGUUUGUCCUGGGCCGCCUCCUGACUCUCAUCCUCUCAGUUCUCACUGUAGGAUUUGGACUUGCCCGUGCAGAGAAUCAGGUUUUGGACAUAAGUACUGGAAAUUUCAACAUUCUGGCUAUAAGAAUCAGUGUGUUGGCAUCUAUUUGCAUAACUCAGGCAUUUAUGAUGUGGAAGUUCAUUAAUUUCCAGCUGAGACGAUGGAGAGAACAUUCAUCUCCACAGCCUUCUCAAAAGAGAAGACCUGUUGCUUCUAAAGGCAAAUCAUCUCGGAAGGAAAAAGAGAAUGGAGUCAACGGAACAGUAACCUCUAAUGGAGCAGAUUCUCCUCGCAGUCGUAAAGAAAAAUCCCAUUAAAAGAAGAUAAUUUGCAAUUGAUGUACUCUGCUCCCAAAGAGAAGUUGCCUUGUGCUGUACAGAGCCCCACAGCACUAGAAAUCUUACUGUUACAGCAGAUGAUGCAAUGUGUUUCCAAACAAUAUAAUGCUAUGGUCUCCAGACUGUACAGGGUGUUUUUGUUUUGUUUUUUUUCCCCGUUUUAAUUUUCCAUUACUUUUUAGCAUUACUUUAAUGCUAGAACUGUCAAAAUCAGAACAAAGCAGAAAAAGUGGGCUGAAUCUCAAAGUAGAAAAGAAAAAAAAAUUGGCUUUCCCUGUUUUGCACUGGUGAAAGAAAUAGAGACCGCUCCCCUGUCAGACACAAUAUUGGCCAUGGAGUCAAAGCCAAAUGUAUAUUUCAAAUACUCAUUUUUAAUUGCAACUGAUGCAGCGAAAAGCAGUGCAAAACCGGAUUCAUUGUAACACCACUUGCUAGUGUUGCUAAUAUCCUCCAUCCAUUGUACAGUUCCAGCAUCCUACUCUUUUGAUAUGCCAACUAAAAUGUUUAAAAGAUGUAAAUGCUGUGAUAAAUGUAUUUUCACUUCUGUUUUUUAUAAGCCAACUUUUUUUCUUAUUUGAUUAAAAACAAUAAAAUAGAAAAAUUGAAUUGUGA